AAGGGAAAUUGAGAGAAGUGAGUUGGAUUUGAUUUGAUACAUACAAUAACAAUACAGUGAAGAAACAACGAAGUAAGAAUCAAAUCAAAUCAAAUCAAAUCUGGGGUUGCUGGCUCGUUCUCUCUGUUGUCUCUAGCAAUUUGCAAUCCUUCAUCGAAUUUUGAUUUGAAAUGGCGCCAGUGUCAGCUCUUGCCAAGUACAAGCUGGUGUUCUUGGGCGAUCAAUCCGUCGGCAAAACCAGCAUCAUCACUCGCUUCAUGUACGACAAAUUCGACAACACCUAUCAGGCUACUAUAGGUAUUGAUUUUCUGUCAAAAACUAUGUAUCUUGAAGAUCGAACAGUUCGGCUGCAGUUGUGGGAUACUGCUGGACAGGAAAGAUUCAGAAGUCUUAUUCCAAGUUACAUUAGGGACUCAUCUGUUGCUGUCAUCGUUUAUGAUAUUGCAAGCCGUCAGACUUUCCUAAACACAUCAAAAUGGAUUGAAGAAGUCCGCAGUGAGAGAGGCAGCGAUGUAAUUAUUGUUCUCGUUGGGAACAAGACUGACCUUGUGGAGAAGAGGCAAGUCUCUACAGAGGAAGCAGAAGCGAAGGCGCGGGAGCUCAAUGUUAUGUUUAUUGAAGCUAGUGCCAAAGCUGGCUUUAAUAUAAAGGCCCUCUUUCGAAAAAUUGCUGCUGCAUUACCUGGAAUGGAAACCUUAUCAACCACAAAACAAGAAGAUAUGGUCGAUGUGAACCUCAGGUCUUCUGGUAGCAAUGAAUCUAAUCCUCAGUCCGGUGGAUGCGCUUGCUGAACAUGCUUUGUCUUAAAGUUUUGUAGCUUUCUGCUUCAUGCUAUUAUUUGUUUUGUGAUAUGUUUGCGUCAGAUCUGUAAAGGUUCUUUAGUAUUUCAGACUUCAACAGUAUUCUUGAGAAAAAUUAGAGAAAACAAGUGGAGAGUUAGCAGUGAAAGAACUAAUUCAAUCCAGCAUGUUGGAUAGUUGGCUAUUUGUUAUUGUUUAGUAUUAUUAAAAGGUAAACAUCGACAUUGACUCAUUUAUUUCAUCAUAGCUGUGAAAAGCUUGCUGGGAACA